GGCUCCAUGGUAACGGCACGGCGUUCUUCCAUGAUUUCCUGCUGCAGCUUUAGCCCAGAGAAUAGACACAACGCUGUUUUUAGCUUUUUUAAAUGAAGUUACGUCAGUAACUUAAGAAUUUAUUUUUAAUUAAUACAUAUAUAUUGGUUUCGAGUUAUCAUGAGCCGCACUCCUGAUGCAAGAGCGAGAGACACCCAGACCAAGCAGAUCCAAGAGAACAUCACCAACGUAGAGAAGCACUUUGGAGAUCUCUGCCAACUGUUUGCUGCUUAUGUCCGUAAAACUGCACGACUGCGGGACAAAGCAGACCUUCUGGUUAAAGAAGUCAGCCUUUAUGCUGACACAGAGACACCGAACCUGAAACUUGGACUGAAGAAUUUUGCUGAUCAGUUGGCUCAGAUUCAGGACUACCGACAAGCAGAAGUGGAGAGGCUGGAAGUGAAAGUUAUAGAGCCUUUGAAAGCAUAUGGGAAUAUUGUCAAAACAAAAAGGGAGGACAUGAAGCAGACGCAGACUGCACGGAACAGAGAGGCCAAGCAGAUGCAGCAGCUUGAAAGGAUGAGGCAGAGAAACCCCUCAGACAGACAGAUUAUUUCACAGGCCGAGAGUGAACUCCAAAGAGCCACGAUGGAAGCCACACGCACGACUCGCCAACUGGAGGAGACAAUAGAUGACUUUGAAAAGCAGAAGAUUCGUGAUAUAAAGAAAAUUUUCGGUGAAUUUGUAACGGUGGAGAUGGCAUUCCAUGCCAAGGCUUUGGAAAUUUACACAACCGCCUACCAGCACAUUCAGAAUGUGGAUGAGGAAGGAGACCUUGAGGUUUUUAGGAACUCACUGCACCCCCCUGAUUACCAGUCACGGUUAGAAAUAGUUCGUGCCAAUUCUAAACUGUCCCUAAAUCGAACUGGUACAUCAAUGAGUAAAUCGGGAACAAUGCAGUCAAGAACGUCUAGCAGACAGAGGAAAAGGGAUGACGAAGAAGAUGACGAAGAGGAGGAAGAUGAUGAGGAUGAUUUGGAGGAAGUGUCUGAUGAUGAGCAUUAAAAUAUUUUCUUUGCCAUUUCAUCAAAUAUUUUUAGACAGUGACAUUCCUAAACUGUAUUUAAGAGUUUUUGAAUGGAGAUGAAUGACGUUAUAAAAGUAGUUUGCAUCACCAGCAAUAAAUGUGAUGUAAUGAUAGUUCAGUUAUGUUAGGUAAAGGUGAGUGCGUGGUUAGAUGUUUGCUCUCUUGUAAAUCAUAUACUAUAAAAUUAUAUAUAUACUGAAAAACACCUUCAUAGAGAGUGUUACUUCUUUUUUAAUUAUUCUAAAUCUCCCAAUAUGUUUUUUGUGUACAAAGUGCCAAGCAGUUUCUGUGAUCAAUAUAUUUGGUAAGAAUGUGCCUUUGAGCAUUUUGGUGUACCAAUAAAAAGCUGGCUCUUGCUUUCGCAUAAUAGGCAAUUUUCAUAACCUCAAA